AUUACCAUCCUGAGAUAUAUAAGAUCUCUGACUACAGCAAUGAUGUUAAUGGGGAGACCAAAGAAACACAACCAUUUUUUUUAGGAGAUGAAAGCCGGGAAAUUAAAAAACAAAUUACAGGGAUGAGAAGAUUACUGAAUGACAGCACUGGAAGAAUCUAUCAGCGAGUUGGCAAAGAAGGAGAAAAACUAAAGGAGGAGCCCCAAGAUUUAGACUUAGCCUGGGCCCAGCGCCUGAAUCCCCCUGUGGAGUCCCAGGCGAGCCUUCAUCCUUCACAGAGCGGUGCAUGGAAUGAAUUAUCACCCCAAGCCAGCCAUUUUUCAGGGCAAUACGGAACUCGAUCCAAAACGUUCCAAAAUCAGACACGAACCGUGGCAUCCAAUGGAGAAAUCCCAAUGAUGAAUUCAUCAAUUGGACCAAACUGCUGUACAUGUAAUUGCCAGUCAACCCUACAGGCUAUCCUUCAGGAGCUCAAGACCAUGCGAAAAUUGAUGCAGAUUCAAGCAGUUGGGACUCAAAACAGACAGCAGCCUCCUGCUCCUCUGAUCUGUGCACAGAAGUCAACAAUAUCAAGAAAGAGAAAUAAAAAGAAAAAACUGCCCCUCAAAACUGUUGAACCAAUUACCAUGAAUAAGAAACUCAACCCUGCAGAGAACGAAAAGAAACUAUCAGCAAACUCAGAGCGAUCGAGUCUGCCAGCAGUUGAAACCCCCCUAAAACCAGAAACCCCUGUUUCAGGAUUUGGAAUUAUCCUUGAAUCAGCUUCAUCAGAUCCAGAAGUGCAACUUGCAGAAGGCUUUGACGUCUUCAUGCCGAAAUCUCAGCUGGACUCUAUAUUAUCAAACUAUACUCGCUCAGGAAGUCUGCUCUUUAGGAAGCUGGUCUGUGCAUUUUUUGAUGACAAGACUUUGGCUAACUCUUUACCAAAUGGCAAAAGGAAAAGAGGGCUCAAUGACAACCGGAAAGGACUAGACCAAAAUAUUGUGGGUGCAAUAAAAGUCUUUACAGAAAAGUACUGCACAGCUAACCAUGUGGAUAAACUGCCUGGUCCUAGGGACUGGGUCCAGAUUCUUCAGGAUCAAAUUAAACUUGCAAGAAGACGGUUAAAAAGAGGCUCAGCAGAGGCACCUGACUGUGAUGAGAAGCCGGACAUUUCUCUCCUACAAACAGGUAACCUUUUCGACACCACAACAGAUCAUCUGAUAGACGCAAACCUGGAUUUUUCCACUUGAAUUUCACAUCCCGCAUCAGUGUUCAUAGCGGAUAGAAACAUCCCCUCCUUUGGAUAACGUUCCCACCAGCUCGGCACGAGAGCUUCAGUGUACCACAAGACAUGGACAACACACACUGCUUUCAUUUCAAGUUUGUGUCGUUUCAUGCAUUUUCCAUGUAACCUCAAAUCACGAAGCCACCCGAUCGCUUCACUCUUCUUCAUCUUAAUUAAAGGUGAUUUCCCUCCACAUCCAAUGCACUAUUUAAUUAGCGGGGCAGCCACUCUGAAGACAUCCUCCUGUUUAUCCUCCAUGAUUGUGUUUUUCCAUGUGACUGUCACGCUUGCCAGCAGUGUUUCAUCUGAAGCCACACAGAGG